GCUUGAUGAGGGUACGGUACUGCUGAUCCGCGGAGCUUCCUGUGAGCGAAAUGACCGUUUUUCUCAGGGCACUUACGACGUAGAAGGAACGAGUCCACAACCAUGACAACCUUGUAGAUAAGUUAAACAGUGUUAAGUGUUUUCUGUAGUUUCAUGGCUCCGAGGCAGAAGUAGACCACUUUUAGAGGCGUAUUAUUUCCUGUUUUUACUUAACAGCAACGCGAUUCAUUACGUCGUUGGGUUACUUGUUUAGUUGGUUAAGUUAGCUUCUGAGCUAACGACUCGCCAACGCACCACCUUAAACUUGUUGGAAUUCGUGUCUUAUGAUGUCAAACGGCGGCUUCAGCUCUCGGAAUGGGGCUAGUGGGCCGUCAUAUAUCAAUGGUCCCUUCCAGAAUCCCAUAACAAUUCAUCCUUCAACUCAAGGAUACAUUGUGGCCCAACCAAGCUCCACCAUGACACAGUCUAAAGCUCCAUUGCUGCCUGCCCCAGAUAACUACAAUUUCAAGCUCUGUCAGCAAGCCACACCAGUGAGCCUAUACCAAAGCCCUUCUGCGUCAUCCAUGCCCAUCAGGCCACCAGAAGGAUGUUCGGAGCCCUUUGCACCAUCUCAACCUGCAGCGUGUAACCACAGAAUGCUUUUACUACCCACUUCACAGAGCUCCUCAACCCCUCCAGUGUCUAACAGUUUCUGCCAGAAUCUUCAUCAACCUAUAAGCAGGCAGUAUGAGGGACAUACACACGUGGGCAAUGCAGUAAACCCUAAUCCAGCCCUGGGAUCAAGUCUGACAUCCAUGGCUUACAGUUUGGGAACACCCACACCUCUAUUUUUUGGUAAUGCAUCACAGUCACCUGGACCACCACCAGCCUCUGCGAGUAACCUCCCUGUGCCAGGGCCUAAUGCAGCAAACGCCGUACCUCAAACCUCAAAUCAGCUUGACCGAAAACUUUAUGGCACCCCGCCAGCAGUAGGGUCACCAGCAGACAUGGGAGCUUCACCACCUUUACGUCCUCCUGGCCUUUUAGUCAGUUCUGUUUUGCCACCCCCUCUUGCUGAUCAAAAUGAAGCUGGCCCAUACCCUCCUCAGGCAGGACAGAUGAGCAAGCCAGCUGGCACUGCUUACCCUUCAUUGGAACCUGGUUACCAGGGCAUUGAAGGGAUACCCAAGCCAUUACCUGUGCACCCUCCAACACCGCUGUAUGGCUUCCCACCUCAACAAUACCAGCAGCCUUCUGUAGGUCCAGCCCAACUAAGUCCAUCCUUGUCGGCAUUAAGCCUGCAGUCCCAGACCCCAGAGGCUCUAAGAGUGGUCAACCUCCUGCAGGAACGUAAUAUCUUGCCCCCUGGACCUGUUCCUGCACCAACACCAUGCUUGCCUCAGGACCUGCAAAAACUCAACUGUAGCCCAGAGGUCUUCUGUAGCACACUUACCAGCAUCCCUCAGACACAGGCACUCUUAAAUAAAGCGAAACUGCCCCUUGGUUUGCUCUUGCACCCAUUUAAGGAUCUCUCACAACUACCUGUAGUUAUGUCCAGUAGCAUAGUGCGCUGUCGUUCCUGUAGAACCUAUAUCAAUCCAUUUGUAUCCUUCCUGGAUCAAAGACGGUGGAAGUGCAACUUGUGCUAUCGGGUCAAUGAUGUUCCUGAGGAUUUCAUGUACAAUCCAGUCAGCAGAUCGUAUGGAGAGCCACACAAAAGACCCGAGAUCCAGAAUGCUACUAUUGAAUUUAUUGCUCCCUCCGAAUAUAUGCUGAGACCACCACAACCUGCUGUGUACCUCUUUGUGCUUGAUGUGUCCCACAAUGCUGUGGAAACGGGAUAUCUUGAUGUUGUCUGCCAGUCGCUUCUAGAGAGUCUUAAUUCUCUUCCAGGAGAUACAAGAACAAAGAUUGGUUUCAUCACGUUUGAUAGCAUGAUCCACUUCUACAACCUACAGGAAGGACUGUCCCAGCCACAGAUGCUUAUUGUUUCAGACAUUGAAGAGAUUUUUUUACCCACUCCUGACAGCCUUUUAGUGAAUCUCAAUGAAUGCAAAGAGUUGGUGCGAGACUUGCUGAAAAGUUUACCUCAGAUGUUCACGAAAACAAUGGAGACUCAUUCUGCUCUGGGUCCUGCCCUGCAAGCCUCCUUCAAGUUGAUGUCACCCACUGGCGGGAGAGUAUCUGUCUUUCAGACCCAGCUUCCAUCCUUGGGUGUGGGGGCGCUCAAUUCUAGAGAGGAUCCCAACCAGAGAGCAUCAGCAAAGGAUGUUCAACAUCUCUCACCUGCUACGGAUUUCUAUAAGAAGCUGGCACUUGACUGUUCUGGGCAGCAGGUGGCUGUGGACCUCUUUUUGCUGAGUGGACAAUACUGUGACCUCGCCACUUUAGGAUGUGUAUCCAGAUAUUCAGCAGGAAGCAUUUAUUUCUACCCUUCAUAUCACAGCCAACACAAUCCUGCACAGACAGAACGCUUCCAGAAAGAUCUCAAGAGGUAUCUCACCCGCAAGAUUGGAUUUGAAGCUGUUAUGAGGAUACGCUGUACUAAAGGCUUGUCCAUACAUACCUUCCAUGGAAACUUCUUCGUGCGGUCCACUGACCUCUUGUCUUUACCGAACAUUAACCCUGAUGCUGGCUUUGCUGUGCAGAUGUCCAUUGAAGAGAACCUGGUGGACAUGCAAGUCGUGUCAUUCCAAGCAGCUCUGCUCUACACUUCCAGUAAAGGAGAGAGGAGGAUCCGAGUGCAUACCAUGUGUUUGCCUGUGGUGAACUCUAUGUCAGACAUCUUUGCUGGAGCUGAUGUACAAGCCAUUACUGGCCUGCUGGCUAGUAUGGCUGUGGAUCGCUCAGUGACAGCUAGCCUGAGUGAUGCCCGUGAUGCCAUGACCAAUGCUGCCAUCGACUCACUGAUAUCCUACCGCACCUCUGUGCUUACCAUCCAGCAACCUGGCCUGCUUGCUCCUGCCUGUCUACGCCUGUUCCCCCUCUAUAUCCUGGCCCUGCUCAAACAGAAAGCAUUUCGGACAGGGACCAGCACCCGACUGGAUGAUCGUGUGUUUGCUAUGUGCCAGCUGAAGUACCAGCCACUCAUGUACCUCAUGCUUAUGAUCCACCCUUCCCUUUAUCGACUGGACAAUUUGACUGAUGAGGGGUCGCUGAACAUAAAUGACUGCACCAUCCCUCAGCCAGGAAUGCUGCAGUUGUCUGUAGAGAAACUCAACAGCGAGGGGGCCUUCCUCAUGGAUACAGGCUCAGAGAUGUAUCUCUGGGUGGGAAGAAAUUGCAACCCCACUUUCCUGAAACAAGUGCUGGGAGUCCAGAACUAUGCGACUCUGCCUCUGAACAUGAAUCGGCUACCAGAGUUGGAUACAGCAGAGUCUACCAGAACAAGAGCUUUCAUUAGCUGGCUGAGAGAGCAACGACCUUUCUAUCCACUGUUGCAUAUUGUCAGAGAUGAAAGCCCGCUCAAGGCCAGUUUUAUGCAGAAUAUGAUUGAGGACCGGACUGAGUCUGCCCUGUCGUAUUAUGAGUUCCUGCUUCAUGUACAACAGCAAGUCUCCAAAUAAGCCAGUCAGCUGAUGGAUCAACCAAAUACACUAAACAACUGCAGCAUCCCUAGAGCCUCCUCCAUAUGUAAAUAUACAGCAUACAGCAUCCUCCAUCUGUAAAAAUAGUGUGUCUGUUUCUUUACCACAAUUCCCUGUCUGCUACCUUAAUGUUUUACGUUCAGGAGUGAAGUUUCUUAUCCUAGCCACCCACUUAAAUACAAAGACCCAAAUUCUGUUUUUGUCGUCCACAACGAGCAAAAACGCGAAAUGACAGUAUUUUCAUUAAUGUUAAGUAGCAUUACUAGUGAACAGGGCUGUUUCAGACUACAAGUGGUUUAAGAACUCUCUGAGUUACUACGGGGGGUGGAGUAUGCAUUGUUUUUAAAUUGUUCAAUAUUAUUUGUAAUGAAGCGCAGUGAAUCCAGAGAUUAACACUUUAUAAACAAUUGAUUUAGUGUUUGUUCUUGUUCACGCAUAUAAAGGAAUGUUAUGGGGUGGGUAGGGUGUGUGCCUUCCUCAUGCAGGAUGUCAUUUAGGACCCCCACCCCCCCUAAAUGUUCAGAAAUGGCUCUGUUGACGAAGCACACUCUUGAUUAAAUAAUGCAGUCGUAUGUGUGAAUUAAGUUUUGGGCAAAAAUAUUAGUUAUUUUUGAGGGUGAGAGUUAGAUGCGAGCACAUAUACUAUGUAUCACUUCUUCAAAUCAGUUCAGUUUUCAAACAAAUGCUGGAGCCAUGUGUUCUCCUUUUUGAUCAGUGUGUGAUGCAAGGGUUUCUAAUUUAUUACCUUUCCCUGUAUUGACCAAGGGAAAAAAGUAUUCCUUGACCUAAUAAUUUUUUUUUUUUUUUUUGCUUUAGUUUUUUUCAUUGUUGGUUUUAUUUAAUGACAAUCUCAGUUUAGUUAAGGUCUGUAUUUGCCUUGUUUGGGAACUUCUGUUAAACCUUCAUUACUAUACAGAUGCUAUAAGUGAAUAAACCUUUAAUAGAAUAUGGAGAAAUUCUUUAACACAUUUAUAACAAAGCCAUUGUGAUGUUUUAAUUAUUCUCUAACCUGUAUAUUGAUUAAUUAUACACACAAAUCACAAAUGAAUGCUAAGAACUGUUUAUAGUAUGACCAUAUCCAGAUGUGUUUGCGUCUUUUGUAAAAAUCUGGUCAUUGGCUUAUCAUGUGUAUGAAUUAAGGAUACUGUUCAGUACUAAGCUGAUUACAAAAUCCUUUUCACAUUCUUUUAUUUUUCAUAAAACCUGCAGUGUGAUGUGGAAAAAGCAGUAUAUUAAAAAAUUAUAUUUUCAGCUAAAUCAGUCCAUCCAUAGUAACUCUUAACCUACUGUUAUGAAAGAGCAAUUAUGUAGUUCUGAAUGUUUAAAUAAACUUUCUAUUUUAACUAUUUACACUUAUGAAUAUACAUGUAUGAAUAAAAGAAAUUAUUGAAAGAAAAGUAAUACUGAGCAUUGCUCAAAGCAUAUCACAACUCUUUUAAUGAUUUUUUAACAACCAUGCCCCUUGAAGUUUUUUCAUUUUUUUGGUAUUAUCAAACCAACCUUCUAUAGAAUGAAUACCUGAAAUAGGAUGAUUUGUACAUUGUCUACAGUUUUGUAAAUGUGUAAACAUUUCUUAAAGAAUUAAAUCAGAGUUCUGUA